CCGGACUUCCUUCCUCUCCAGAUGAAGCUCGUGUGUCUCGCGGUGGCGCUGGUGCUGGCGGCGGUCGCAGCGGGAGAGGGCAGCGAGAACGCGCGAAAUGACAUCCUGAGUGUGUUCGCGGUGCAGUCGACAACCACCUACACCGUCGUCUCGGCGUCCACCUCGACCGUCUUCUUCUCCUGUUUAUCGGGGAGUUACACCGCCCUCAUCUGCAACGGGCGGAAGAAGAAGUCGAUCAGGGCGAUGCCAGAUCUUGAGAGUGUCAGCAGCGAUGUGUCCCUGGACCCCAGCGAGUCAGUGGAUCCGCUGGCGAUUGAGAGGGACGACGACCCCGCUACCUCGGAGAAGUUCGGCUACACCGUAUGGACCGUGGCCAAGACUACCACGACGGUCACCGUGAGAUACACCAACACGGCCACCACCGUCAAGAUCUCUUACUACUGUGGUGCCGGAGGAGUACGGUACCCUGCAAACAGCUGUUAAGGCAGUUCUUUUGACCCCGUAACCGACCUUUGCCUGAUUGAGCUUAAGUGACUGUACAGACAGCUGAAAUUCUGUGUGUGAUGCUAUUGUAAGAAAUACAUAUAUAUAUAUAUCUUAAGUCAA